GCGUGUGCGCGUACACGGAAGUGCCUGUCUGCUCCUGGUGACGGUGGCUUGAAAUCUUCAUUCGUCUGGGAAACAGAAAUGCAGACAGACGUGUUGAUCAGAAGAUAGCUGAUCGAUUAUUAUUAUCAUUACUGUGUAACCGACAGAAAUCAAUCAUGGCGAGCGAGUCGGUGAGUGUGAUCUUCAAGAUCUACUGCCUGACUGUCAUGACCCUGAUCGCUGCCACAUACACUGUGGCCCUCAGAUACACCCGGACCGUGUCCUCGGACCUGUACUUCUCCACCACUGCGGUGUGCCUGGCUGAGGUCAUCAAGCUGCUGCUGAGUCUGCUGAUGCUGGUCAGGGAGACCGGAGACCUGGGCCGCUGUUGGACCGCAGUGGUCACUCACAUUUUCAGAAGUCCCAAGGAGCUGCUGAAGCUGAGCGUGCCGUCGGUGGUGUACGCCAUCCAGAACAACAUGGCCUUCGUGGCUUUGAGCAACCUGGACGCUGCUGUCUACCAGGUGACGUAUCAGCUGAAGAUCCCCUGUACGGCGCUGUGCAUGGUGCUGAUGCUGAGCCGCUCUCUGAGCCGUCUGCAGUGGUUCUCGGUCUUCAUGCUGUGUGGAGGCGUCACGCUGGUGCAGUGGACCCCGCCGCAGUCCACCAAAGUCCAGGUGGAGCAGAACCCGUUCCUGGGCUUCGUGGCGAUUGCCGUCGCGGUCCUCUGCUCCGGGUUUGCAGGUGUGUACUUUGAGAAGGUCCUGAAGAGUUCGGACACCUCUCUAUGGAUCCGAAACAUCCAGAUGUACCUGUCAGGAAUCGUCGUGACCCUCAUAGGGGUCUUCAUGACAGACGGCGCCCAGGUCUUGGAGAAAGGCUUCUUCUACGGAUACACGCCUUGGGUCUGCUUAGUCGUCUUUCUGGCGAGUGUGGGAGGAAUGUACACGUCUGUGGUGGUGAAAUACACUGAUAACAUCAUGAAGGGCUUUUCGGCGGCCGCUGCGAUCGUGCUGUCCACCGUGGCAUCUGUCAUCCUCUUCGGCCUGCAGAUCACGACGACGUUCAUCACGGGAGCCCUGCUGGUGUGUGUGUCCAUCUACACGUACGGCCUGCCCAAACAAGACACCAGCAAAGUGCUGAAACCCAGUACAGACAGAGAGGACACACAGAAACUCAUCGACGUCUGACACGAGUUCGGAGGGAAAGACAAACUGACACGACGAUCAACACACGACUCUAGACGCUGCUGUUCGAGCAGCCGGACAUGAACUGAACCCAACAACACUACGUCAGGAAGAGUUUUGAUCCGUCUGUGCUGCUGAUGAAGGAGGGUGGAGGUGGGGUUAUGGGAAUGACAGGCCAGAUUUGGUUUUAUGUGAUUGUUUUUUUUCUAUCUAUAUAAUAUCAUUUAUACUAUUGGACUUGAUGGAGAUCGUGAGACACUGCCGCAAGUAACGAACACUGAAGCCUAAACCGUAAACUGAAUAUGGGACAGGUUUUUUCUUUAGAUUGCCAAUUUAAUUUGCUCAAGUGUUUUAAUAUAUUUAUGUAAGCUGAACGUAAAAAGGAUUCCUACAGGCCGACUUGUUUUAAUCUCAGAGCAAAGGCUGAAUCCAGUGGUACACCUCAUCGUCCAGUGUAUGUGAUUAUGAGGCGCUCUGAUGAACUGACGUGUUUCUGCAGACAUGAUUAAAGUCAAGCUCUCGUACUGUAGUGGGUGUUUACAUGCAUCGAGCAUGCUGAAUCCAACACAGAUUGAUAAAACAGUACUGUUCACGUGUGAACUGUGCAAUCCGAUUCAUAUUCUUUUACAUGUGCAUUGCAUGUAUUUCGAACAAAACAUCAUCAUAAUUGCCGUUCUUGCCUUGAUGAUUCAUCUCAUGUUUUCUGCAGGUCUUAAUUCACUCUUACACAAAUUAAGGCCUUAAAAAGGUCUUUAAUCAAAGCAGAAAGUGUCAUGACAUUAAAUGCAAAAAAUUAAUAUCUUCCUCAGUAUUUUUGUUCUGUUUUUCGAUACACAUAUUUAAACAUCUUUGAUACUUCAGAUGCAAAUGUGAAAUUAAGUUUUGAAAAAUCAAAACUAGUUUGUACUUCUGUCAAUUAUGAAAUUAUGAAAACAUCUUUUUGAAUUAAGAUGAUUUCUUCUUGUUUUAAUCAUAAACUCAAUUUAUUUUGAUCAAUUUCACAGACAAAAAUGACUUUAUAUUUUAUGUCCAGUAAAUGCAUCUUGAUUUAAGAAUCUUUUUAUACAGUUGUACUGGAAAACAAGACAGAAAUACUGAGGAAGAACAUGUUUUUGCAGUGUGAUCAGAAGCUACAGUAAAAGAAAGUACCAUAUUCUAGUGGUUUGGAGCAGAACGAUUGAAGCUACAUUUGUAAAAUGAAUUAAAAAGUAAUGGAUAA